CCAACGUGUUCUCGGGAGUACGAAGCACUGCUAAAUGAAUUGAUCAUCUAUGUUAUCAGUGGGUUCGAUGUCACAAAGAGCACCCCGAGAUUCCAACUCACUGAUUUUGACAAAUCCAUACGCUUCACUCACAUCACUACUAUGGUUCCCGCCGACGAUUCCUUCUACCAGAUUCCCAAUCAGUUAUUCCGGUUCUCACGAAGAACUUCUUGCUUUAGCCAACACCAACAAGGACCUCCCAGCAGUCAGAAGGUCCGUCUUAGUGAAUUUGACGAAUAUGAAGCCAUCAAUAAUGUGCAACCCAAACGAACUAGAUAA